AUGUCAAAACAACAGAGAUAUUUCAAAUUCCAUGGGAAAAACAUAUAUUUUGAAAUUAAUGAAGUUAUUAGUUUGGAAGAGGCAAAAGAAAUAAUAGGAAGGUUUGGAUGUGGCAACAAUAUUAAGUGGAUUGGAGUUGGAGUGAAUGGGAAAGGAUCUAGUCAAAACACACACCCACACUCUCAUGUGUAUGUCCAAUUGAAUAAUAAUUUCCAAUUCAACAAAAAGCCAGAAACAAAAAUACAUGGGAAGAAAAUGCAUAUUAAUUUUAGUUAUAUUUCAAGAAUAUGUGAUAUGGAUGGGUCAUACCAAAACAUAAGGAAUUAUUUAAAGAAACAUGAGAAAUAUGAAGAAGAAGGGAUGUUUAGUGAAUCAGUUAAAAUAACAUGGGAUCAAGCUAUAAAAGAAGCACUUGAAUGUCCAGAUUAUUCAGAAGCAACAAGAAUAUUACAAGGGUCGAGUUAUGGAAGGUGGUUAACAAGUUGUUCUACAUUCCAGAAGAAAUGGAAUCAAGAGCAUUUUGAGGAGAUAGUAGAAUCAAGGAAAAUACAUAUUCACUUAAAUCCAUGGAAAGAGGAAAUGAUAGAAGUAAAAGAAAUAAGAAUGUGGAUUAAGAAAGCAUUGGAAAGAAAAGAAAAGAGAGUGCCGAUAUUAUUUGUUGUUGGUAAAACAAAAACUGGGAAAACGGAGUUUAUUCGAGAUGCAUUGAGAGGAGUAAAAAUAGAAGAUCACCGAGGUGAAAUUAUGUUUGACACUGUUGAUCAAUUCAAGAAUUAUGACAUUCGAUUAUAUGAUGAUUGUAAUUUCAAAACAUUCUCAUGGGAUAUAUUCAAAGCACUUUGUAGUACGAGGGGAGAGAGUAUUAAAAUUAACAUCAAAUACAGUUCAGUCAUUCUCGAAUCAAUUCCAACUAUCAUUGUAUUCAAUGAAGGUCAAUACAAUUCAUUCUUGAAACGAUGCAACGAAGAAGGAGAUUCGAUGUGGAUACAACAUAAUUCAAUGACAGUAAUGAUAGAUAAGAAAAUAUAUAUGACACGAAAUGAAAUGAAUAAUGGAUGUGAUGAAUCAACAACAUCUUUAAAUGAAAAACAACCAAUGAAAGGAAGAGAAGAAGUGAUAAAUGGAAAUACAAUAACAAAUGAGAGUGGUAUUGAAUAUCCAAUACAAAACAACGUUGCAGUACAGAAUGAAAUGAAAAUGAAUAAUGAUGAUAAAGUUGAUGAUAAUGAAAAUAAUGAAUAUGGAAAACAAUUGACAGAACCAAUGAUAAAUCAAAAUGAAACGAAUUUCAAUGAAAUUAACCAAUUGUGUAAAACACAAAAUGGAAAUGACAAACAAUGUAAUAAAGGAGUUGAAGAUUCAAAUAAUACAGCAUUUAGAAAAGUCAGUCAAGAUGAAUUUGAAGUAUUUUCAUGAUGA